AUGGCCAAGCUCAGCUUGCCUUACAAAUUGUACAUGUACCAUGGCAGCAUCGGGUUCUACUCGUUCUACGACGAGGUGGUUGGGACUUAUUGCGCCGAGGACAACACUGGCUACGUGUAUGCUAAAGCGCUCGGAACGUAUGAUAUCAACGGAGUGUUCUUAACGAACGAUACGGGGAGUGAGGAGGUCAGGAUGUCGUUCUGGUACGGCGUUGUGGGCGGACUCUGGCUGGUAUAUAGCGGUCUCACGAUCCGUCGGAGCUACCUCGUGUGCCGACGCUACGGUCAAAAGUGUACCGAAAUGGGCGUCGGUAUCAACCAAAAGGAGGCGAUGAUCUUCGUACAGGAGAGCUUGCGCUUGUCUGCUCACGGGUCAAGGAACUACCACAGGGCAGCGCUGCUUUACUUGAUCGUGGAAGGAAUCAUGACCGACUUGUUCCUGAUCAUCGCCAGCGAUGGCUGGACGACUCGCAUCCAGUGCUUGUCAUUGGGCUACAACUUGUCCGGGUUGAUGCUGCUGAUGUUUGAGAUGGUCGAGAGCAUGAAUUGGCUCCGAGACAAGUGGCGACAGCGAGUCAAGCGCUCCUUCUUCAGCUACGAGAGGACAUUUGUGGGGGAGUUCGUGAGCGCUCUCGUGUUCGAGACUCUGAUGUCUGGCUUGAAUGGCUCAGACUUGAAGCGGUCAAAACCGACAGCUCUAUGUGUUUCGUACUACUUCUGGAGCUUCAUCAGCCACGGUGCCAUUGUGGUUGUUGUUCUCGGCAUUAUACUAGCUGUUCGCAUAACAUUGGGCGCUGAUCUACGUGGCGCUUACGCACCGCACUUUGGCAGUGCUGACUGA